UGUCUAUGCAUCGAAAAUGAAGAUGAAAUUAGCCAAAAAAAACAACAAAACCAUUAACACAUAAUUAAUUGAACUUUAAUUAUUACAAACUUAAAAAAUAGAAUAUUGUAAAAUAAUUUCUAUAGAGAAUUUUGCGCAGACUUUAUCAUUUAGCAAUUUGAAAAUCAUACUAAUAUAAACAGAAACAGAAACCGAUAUAAAAUGGGUACCUAUAAUCAUAUAAAAAGGCUUUAUAUGCACAGAUAUGAUCAACUCUCGCAUCAGUAUAGCAAUUUCCAUGCAGUUUGCACACCGUUCUUACGUGACAGUGACACCAAUGGCACUCGCCGGCAAGCGUCUCUUGCUCGCCGCGGUAUGGCCACUGGCGUGGCUAGCAGCAGCCGCCGCCGCGGCGGCGGUCGACGUCGACGACGGCCUCGCGCUGACGGCGUUCAUGGCGCGCAUGUCGACGGGCAGUGGCUCGCCGCCGCCGCCGACGUGGGGGAACCGGUCCGUCCCCGUGUGCCGGUGGCGCGGCGUGGCGUGCGGCGCGAGAGGCCGGCGCCGCGGCCGCGUCGUGGCGCUGGAGCUGCCGGGGCUUGGCCUCCGUGGCACGGUGCCACCGGACCUCGGCAACCUCACAUACCUGAGGCGGCUCCACCUCGCCGGCAACCGGCUGCACGGCGUCCUCCCGCCGGAGCUCGGCGGCCUCGCUGAGCUCAGACACCUCAACCUCAGUGACAACGCCUUCCAGGGGCAGAUCCCGGCGUCGCUCGCCAACUGCACCGGCCUCGAGAUCCUCGCUCUGUACAACAACAGGUUCCACGGCGAGAUACCGCCGGAGCUCUGCUCGUUGCGCGGCCUCAGGGUACUCAGCCUUGGCAUGAACACCCUCACCGGAAGCAUCCCAUCAGAGAUUGGAAACCUUGCAAACCUCAUGACUCUGAACCUGCAAUUCAGCAACCUCACUGGGGGAAUCCCAGAGGAGAUAGGUGAUCUUGCUGGCCUUGUUGGACUAGGUCUUGGUUCUAAUCAGCUGGCAGGCUCCAUUCCUGCCUCACUUGGAAACCUUUCAGCACUCAAGUACCUUAGCAUCCCUUCUGCAAAGUUGACAGGGAGCAUACCAUCGCUGCAAAACCUUUCAUCACUUCUUGUCCUUGAAUUGGGAGAGAACAAUCUCGAAGGAACUGUGCCUGCAUGGUUGGGGAACCUCUCAUCUCUAGUGUUUGUUAGUCUCCAGCAAAAUCGGCUCUCAGGACACAUCCCUGAAUCAUUAGGUAGACUUCAGAUGCUUACUAGCCUUGAUCUUUCACAAAAUAAUCUUAUUUCAGGCUCCAUACCAGAUUCUCUUGGAAACCUUGGUGCCUUGAGUAGCCUUCGUCUGGAUUAUAAUAAACUAGAAGGUUCGUUUCCUCCUUCACUGCUCAACCUUUCCUCCCUUGAUGAUCUUGGUUUACAAAGCAAUCGCCUCAGCGGGGCUCUUCCACCUGAUAUUGGCAAUAAGCUUCCGAAUCUACAAAGGUUUGUUGUAGACAUCAAUCAAUUUCAUGGAACAAUCCCACCAUCCUUGUGUAAUGCCACCAUGCUUCAAGUUCUGCAAACAGUAUACAACUUUUUGUCAGGAAGAAUUCCUCAGUGUCUUGGAAUUCAACAGAAGAGCUUAUCAGUUGUGGCCCUUUCAAAAAAUCAGCUUGAAGCAACAAAUGAUGCUGAUUGGGUUUUCUUAUCCAGCUUGGCGAAUUGCAGCAAUUUGAAUGCAUUAGAUUUGGGUUACAACAAGCUUCAAGGUGAGCUACCGAGUUCAAUUGGGAAUCUUUCUUCGCAUUUGAGCUAUCUUAUCAUAGCGAACAACAAUAUAGAAGGAAAAAUACCUGAAGGAAUAGGGAACUUGAUCAACUUAAAAUUGCUCUAUAUGGAUAUUAACCGUUUAGAGGGAAUUAUUCCAGCUUCUCUUGGCAAACUCAAGAUGCUGAAUAAAUUAUCUAUACCAUAUAAUAACCUGUCUGGAUCCAUUCCACCAACUCUUGGCAAUCUUACAGGACUAAAUCUACUACAACUCCAAGGAAAUGCACUCAAUGGGUCCAUUCCUUCCAAUCUUAGCAGUUGUCCUCUAGAACUAUUGGAUCUUUCAUAUAACAGCCUCACUGGCUUGAUACCUAAACAACUUUUUCUCAUUUCUACUUUGUCCAGUAACAUGUUUUUGGGACAUAAUUUUUUAUCGGGGGCUUUACCAGCUGAAAUGGGUAAUCUAAAAAAUCUUGGAGAGUUUGAUUUUUCUUCAAACAACAUUUCUGGAGAGAUUCCUACAUCUAUUGGUGAAUGUAAGAGCUUGCAGCAGCUCAAUAUAUCUGGAAAUUCCCUCCAAGGGAUAAUUCCAUCGUCGCUUGGGCAACUAAAGGGCCUCCUGGUGCUUGACCUUUCUGACAAUAAUUUAUCUGGAGGCAUCCCUGCAUUUCUUGGGGGCAUGAGAGGUCUAUCUAUUUUGAACCUCUCAUACAACAAAUUUGAAGGUGAAGUUCCCAGAGAUGGCGUUUUUCUAAAUGCAACAGCUACCUUCCUCGCUGGAAAUGAUGACCUGUGUGGCGGUAUCCCAGAGAUGAAAUUGCCACCCUGCUUCAACCAAACCACCAAGAAGGCAUCCAGGAAACUUAUCAUCAUAAUCUCCAUAUGCAGAAUAAUGCCAUUAAUCACAUUAAUAUUUAUGCUGUUUGCAUUCUACUAUAGGAACAAGAAGGCAAAACCAAACCCACAAAUAUCACUCAUUAGUGAGCAAUAUACGAGGGUUUCUUAUGCUGAAUUAGUCAAUGCAACAAAUGGUUUUGCCUCUGAUAACCUCAUAGGAGCAGGAAGCUUUGGCUCGGUCUAUAAGGGAAGAAUGACAAACAAUGACCAACAAGUAGUUGCUGUGAAGGUGCUCAACCUCACACAACGUGGUGCAUCUCAAAGUUUCAUGGCAGAAUGUGAGACACUGAGAUGUGUUCGACACCGGAACCUUGUGAAGAUAUUGACUGUAUGCUCGAGUAUUGAUUUUCAGGGCAAUGAGUUCAAGGCCAUUGUAUAUGAGUACCUACCAAAUGGAAAUUUAGACCAAUGGCUACACCCUAAUAUCAUGGGACAAAGUGAACACAAGGCAUUAGAUCUCACUGCAAGACUACGCAUUGCAAUCGAUGUGGCAUCUUCACUUGAAUAUCUUCACCAAUAUAAGCCAUCGCCAAUCAUUCACUGUGAUCUUAAGCCAAGCAAUGUUCUCCUCGACAGUGACAUGGUUGCUCAUGUUAGCGAUUUCGGGCUUGCAAGGUUUCUGCAUCAGGAGUCGGAGAAAUCAAGUGGUUGGGCAUCAAUGAGAGGAACAGUCGGUUAUGCUGCACCAGAGUAUGGAAUUGGCAAUGAAGUCUCAAUUCAAGGUGAUGUCUAUAGCUAUGGCAUACUGUUGCUAGAGAUGUUCACCAGAAAAAGACCCACAGACGAUGAAUUCGGGGAAGCGGUUGGGCUUCGCAAGUAUGUCCAAAUGGCAUUGCCAGACAAUGCGGCUAAUGUUCUGGAUCAACAGUUACUACCAGAGACAGAAGAUGGCGGAGCAAUCAAGUCAAACUCUUACAACGGCAAGGAUCUAAGAAUUACUUGUGUCACUUCGGUUAUGCGCAUUGGAAUCUCCUGCUCAGAGGAGGCACCAACGGACCGCGUGCAAAUCGGAGACGCUCUGAAGGAGUUGCAAGCAAUAAGAGACAAGUUUGAGAAACAUGUGUCCAAUGAAGGAACAUCAAGCCAAUGAAGACAAUGAAGCAUUCCAAGAUCAUUUUUGCGCAUGGCAUGAUAUUAUGCUCCAUGUCAUUGAACACACAAAUAAGGUGCCGGAAGCUGCGGAUUCUGCAGCUUUUUGUUUAUGUAAAGCUAGCAUCAAUUACAGAGAGGCUCUAUAUUA